AGCCACUCUCCCCCAUUCAUCAUUUUAAAACACACGCCCUUGUGAUUGCAUCUCCAAAUGUCCUCACUAUAAAUACCUCGAUUACCCCUCCGUCUACAACACAAACGAUCGCUCUCCUUACGACGUCGUCAAAACCACCGCGGACUAACGGCAAGUGCUCGAGAUCUUAUGGCCGGAACCACUAUGAUGACGACGAAAAUGAUGAGCUCAGCCCCAGGCAUGACACCUGGGCAGUCUGUCACCUCGCAACCUCCUCAACCGUCCACGUCCCUUCCACUCCGUACGAUCCCCGGAUCCUACGGAUGGCCUCUUUUGGGCCCGAUAUCGGACCGGCUCGACUAUUUCUGGUUCCAAGGUCCGGAGAAAUUCUUUAAAAAUCGCAUUGAGAAGCAUCAGAGCACGGUGUUUCGUACAAAUGUGCCUCCGAGCUUCCCUUUCUUUAGGGUUAAUCCAAACGUGAUCGCGGUGCUUGACUGCAAGUCCUUCGCUCAUAUGUUCGAUAUGGACAUCGUGGAGAAGAAGAACAUACUGGUCGGCGAUUUCAUGCCUAGUGUCAAGUUCACCGGCAACAUCAGAGUCUGUGCUUAUCUUGAUACUGCUGAGCCUCAGCACGCCCAGGUGAAGAAUUUCACGAUGGAUAUAUUGAAGCGCGGCUCCAAGGUGUGGGUCAGCGAGUUCCUCUCCAGCUUGGACACAAUGUGUUACAACCUUGAGACCACCAUCAAGGAGAAAGGUAGUGCUAGCUUCCUCUUACCUAUGCAGAAAUUUCUCUUUGAAUUCCUCUGCAAGGCCUUUGUUGGAGCCGACCCCUCCACCACUCCUGAGAUUGCCAAGUCUGGUCAUUUCAUGAUCGAUCGCUGGCUCGCCCUUCAGCUCCUUCCCACAGUCCAUGUAGGUGUCCUCCAACCCCUUGAGGAGAUCUUCCUUCACUCUUUUUCCUAUCCUUUCUUCUUAGUCGGUGGAGGCUACAAGAAACUCCAAAACUUCAUUCUCGAACAAGGUAAAGAAGUUGUGGAGCGAGGUCAGAAAGAGUAUGGGCUGAGUCAAGAAGAGACCGUCCACAAUCUGCUCUUCACACUCGGCUUCAACGCAUUUGGUGGGUUCUCACUCUUCCUACCGGGUGUAAUAAAUAGAGUGGUCAGUGACGAGACCGGAUUACAAGAAAAACUAGUCAAAGAAGUUAGAGAAAAAGGAAGCCAGGGUUUGAGUUUCGACUCGGUCAAAGAAAUGGAACUCGUCCAAUCAGUUGUUUACGAGACACUUCGACUCGACCCACCCGUUCCUAUCCAAUACGCUCGAGCCAGAAGAGAUUUCCAACUCAGCUCACACGACAAUGUCUUUGAUGUGAAGAAGGGGGAGUUGCUUUGUGGGUUUCAACAGCUGGUGAUGAAGGACCCCAAAGUGUUUGAUGAACCGGAGACUUUUAAGCCGGACCGGUUCGUUGGCGAGGGUAAGAAAUUACUGAAUUAUCUGUACUGGUCAAACGGGCCACAGAGCGGGUCACCAAGCGAGUCGAAUAAACAGUGUGCGGGUAAGGAUCACGUGACCCUCUCGGCAGCUUUGUUUUUGGCCUACCUGUUUUCCAGGUAUGAUUCUAUUAGUGGGGACUCGAGUUCGUUCAAAGCCCUUGUAAAGGCUACCUGAGUAACCGGUCAUGCGAUGCGAGGGGAGGGUGAUUCCCUGUGAAUUGUGAUCGUGAUGCUUUGGACGGUAACUCUCGUGUCGAAUAUUCUCACUUGAAUAAAGGGUACGGUGACGAUAAUGUUUUGUACUUUUCUGGUGAUUUUGAUGUUUGAUUGACUAUGAUCGGAGAGAGAGAGGGCCACCCGGCAUUAUCUCCAAUGUGUAGACUUUUCGUCAUGUGUAAUAAAAACGAACUUUCUUUUUCUUUCUUUUAGUUAAAAAAUUAUUUUUAGGAGUA